AUGUAUGAAGACAUUCAGUAUAUAAUAGAUAAUAUGUCAGUUAAUUACAGUAUUAAGAUGGAAUCAUCUAUCUGUGCUCAGCCGAAAGACACUUUGUUAAGUAAUGAGAAAAAUUCUAAAUUGUCAUAUUCUGAUCUCAGUUCAGGAAGUGAUAAGAAAAAUUCUGAAUUAUCACAUACUUCUAACACAUCGGAGGAACAAACACUUAAUACAUCUUUAAAACUGAGUUUAUUGUAG